GACAAAACCAAUCGAUUGCAAUAAAUUCAGGAUUGUUUGGGGCCCCAAACAGAACAAGAAAAACUUGGUUCUGGCUUUCUGCUAUCAAAUUUUGUUUUUUCCAUAUAACGAUUCCCCACCCUAAUGAAGCAUGCUCAGCUGGGUUUGGCACUGAAAAGCCGCGAAGGAAAAUUGGGUCAACCAAUUGCGAUGAAGACACGACUUGGUUGGACGAUAUGCGGAGGUUUGAGUACUGAGACAACACCUAAUAUGUUUCAUUACACAUUUCAUGUUCGCUCGUGCAACGAUGAAUCUGACGACAUCAAGACAUAAAGGAGUAUUUAUAUAUAAAGGAGUGUUUUUCGCUAGAUAGUCUAGGCGUAGUUAAUCCAGCUAAAAUGCUUCUAUCGUCCGAAAAAGAGCGCUCGCAGUCACCUUUACAGUCCCGUACUCGCUUCAAUGGUGAGCGCUAUGAGACAGGUUUGCUCUGGCGCUACGAUGAUAUCCGUCUUCCCGAUAACCGAGAAAUGGCAUUACGUCGUCAUCAAUCAUUGCAAAAUCGUAUGGCGAAGGAUGAGCAAAUAGCACAGGCACUGCAGCAGAAGAUCCAGGAUUACGUCAUGAAAGGAUGGUUUCUUCCAGUAUUUCCUGUUACAAAUAGUCUGGGACGCUGCCACCAAGGUUUAUGGCAAGUCAUUGAAUUCAGCUCUACUGGAAGGACCGGAUUUACUUUCAUCUCUACUCGCGAUUCUACUUCGAUUCCGCUUGCAUCCUAUUGCAGUUACGGGAGACAUUCGCGAGAUGUGUUAUCAGGUGCUCAUUCACGAAGAAGAUCAGCGUUAUCAGUGCUUCUUUUGGACGAAUGCCGAUGGUGAACUCGAGGUAUAGGCAAUGAAAGUCAUGACCUUUGGUGCGUGCUGUUCUCCGAGUAGUGCCCAGUACGUGAAGAACGUCAAUGCUGAACGAUUUAAGAAUGAGUUCCCAGGAGCAUAUGAGGCAAUAACCAAUUCGCAUUACCUCGAAGACAUGUUGAUUAGUGUUGGCUCAGAAGAAGAUGCCAUACAGAUCGCAAAGGAUGGUCAAUAUGUUAAUGCGCAAGGCGGGUUCGACACAAUAAGGUAUAUACGAAGGAGCGGCAGAUGAGCGUGGUUGCAAGUGUUAAGCAGCAACAUUUUUCGCGUACUGAGAUCGUGACGUCAUAA